CGGAUUUCUUCCGGUUCCAUUUCUGGCAAACUCCAAAGGGGUACCAUCACAGAUUUCAGGCGAUUUUUGCGAAAUGCCAUUUUCUUUCGAUUUUGGAGGCUACAGAUCACUGAUUCUGCUCGAGGCUAUUUUCCACCGAUAAUAAAGUCUAUCGAUCCUAUUAUGCGCCGAUGAUAAAGUCAAUUAAGCACCGGAUUGGGCCAAUAAAUUUUGGGAUGUCAUUUUCGUAAAUAUUUGAGCAAUUUUUAUUGAAAGUCCAUUUUCGUUGAAUUUUGAUGGAUAAAGAUGGUGGAUUCGGCCUGAGGCUAUUCUUCAACGACGAUUAAAUCCAUCCAGGGCCAAUUUGGGUGGAUUUGUUCCGGGUCCAUUUUUGUCAGACUCCAAAGGGGUAACAUCACAGAUUUCGGGCGAUUUUUCCGAAAUGCAAUUUUCUUUUGAUUUUGGAGGCUACAGAUCACAGAUUUGACUCAAGGCUAUUCUCCACCAAUAAUAAAGUCUAUUGAUCCUAUUCUGCGCCGAUGAUUAAGUCAAUUAAGCACCGAAUUGGGCCAAUAUAUUUCGGGAUGGCAUUUUUGUAAUUAUUUGAGCAAUUUUAAUUUUUGAAAGGCCAUUUUCCUUGGAUUUUGAAGGAUAAAAAUGGUGGAUUCGGCCUGAGCCUAUUCUUCAACGAUGAUUAAGUCCAUCAAGGGCCGAUUUGGGCGGAUUUCUUCCGGGUCCAUUUUUGGCAGACUCCAAAGGGGUACCAUCACAAAUUUCGGGCGAUUUUUCCGAAAUGCCAUUUUCUUUCGAUUUUGGAGGCUACAGAUCACGGAUUCGUCUCGAGGCUAUUCUGCACCGAUAAUAAAGUUUAUUGAUCCUAUUCUGCGCCGAUGAUUAAGUCAAUUAAGCACCGAAUUGGGCCAAUAUAUUUUGGGAUGGUAUUUUCGUAAUUAUUGGAGUAAAUUUUUUUUUUGAAAGGCCAUUUUCUUUCGAUUUUGGAGGCUACAGAUCACGGAUUCGUCUCGAGGCUAUUCUGCACCGAUAAUAAAGUCUAUUGAUCCUAUUCUGCGCCGAUGAUUAAGUCAAUUAAGCACCGAAUUGGGCCAAUAUAUUUUGGGAUGGUAUUUUCGUAAUUAUUGGAGUAAAUUUUUUUUUUGAAAGGCCAUUUUCCAUUGAUUUUGAAGGAUAAAGAUAGUGGAUUCGGUCUGAGGCUAUUCUUCAACGACGAUUAAGUCCCUCCAGGGCCAAUUUCGGCGGAUUUCUUCCGAGUCCAUUUUUGUCAGACUCCAAAAGGGUACCAUCACAGAUUUCGGGCGAUUUUUCCGAAAUGCCAUUUUCUUUCGAUUUUGGAGGUUACAUAUCACGGAUUUGGCUCGAGGCUAUUCUCCACCGAUAAUAAAGUCUAUUGAUCCAAUUCUGCGCCGAUGAUAUAGUCAAUUAAGCACCGGAUUGAGCCAAUAUAUUUUGGGAUGGCUUUUUCGUAAAUAUUUGAGCAAUUUUUUUUGAAAGGCCAUUUUCCUUGGAUUUUGAAGGAUAAAGAUGGUGGAUUCGGCCUGAGGCUAUUCUUCAACGACGAUUAAGUGCAUCCAGGGCCAAUUUGGGCGGAUUUGUUCCGUGUCUAUUUUGGGCAGACUCCAAAGGGGUACCAUCACAGGUUUCGUACGAUUUUUCCGAAAUGUAAUUUUCUUUUGAUUUUGGAGGCUACAGAUCACGGAUUCGGCUCGAGGCUAUUCUCCACCGAUAAUAAAGUCUAUUGAUCCUAUUCUGCGCCGAUGAUUAAGUCAAUUAAGCACGGAAUUGGGCCAAUAUAUUUUGGGAUGGCAUUUUCGUAAUUAUUUGAGCAAUUUUUUUUUUUGAAAGGCCAUUUUUCUUGGAUUUUUAAGGAUAAAGAUGGUAGAUUCGGCCUGAGCCUAUUCUUCAACGACGAUUAAGUCUAUCCAGGGCCAAUUUGGGCGGAUUUCUUUCGGGUCCAUUUUUGUCAGACUCCUAAGGGGUACCAUCACAGAUUUCGGGCGAUAUUUCCGAAAUGCCAUUUUCUUUCGAUUUUGGAGGCUACAGAUCACGGAUUCGGCUCGAGGCGAUUCUCCACCAAUAAUAAAGUCUAUUGAUCCUAUUCUGCGCCGAUAAUAAAGUCAAUUAAGCACCGAAUUGGGCCAAUAUAUUUUGGGAUGGCAUUUUCGUAAUUAUUUGAGCAAAUUUUUUUUUGUAAGUCCAUUUUCCUUGGAUUUUGAAGGAUAAAGAUGGUGGAUUCGGCCUGAGGCUAUUCUUCAACGAAGAUUAAGUCCAUCCAGGGCCAAUUUGGGCGGAUUUUUUCAGGGUCCAUUUUUGGCAGACUUCAAAGGGAUACCAUCACCGAUUUCGGACGAUUUUUCUGAACUGCCAUUUUCUUUCUAUUUUGGAGGCUACAGAUCACAGAUUCGGCUCGAGGCUAUUCUCCACCAAUAAUAAAGUCUAUUGAUCCUAUUCUGCGCAGAUGAUUAAGUCAAUUAAGCACCGAAUUGGGCCAAUAUAUUUUGGGAUGAUAUUUUCGUAAUUAUUGGAGUAAUUUUUUUUUUUGAAAGGCCAUUUUCCUUGGAUUUUGAAGGAUAAAGAUGGUGGAUUUGGCCUGAGCCUAUUCUUCAACGACGAUUAAGUCCAUCCAGGGCCAAUUUGGGCGGAUUUCUUCCGGAUCCAUUUUUGCCAGACUCCAAAGGGGUACCAUCACAGAUUUCAGGCGAUUUUUCCGAAAUGCCAUUUUCUUUCGAUUUUGGAGGCUACAGAUCACGGAUUUGGCUCGAGGCUAUUCUCCACCGAUAAUAAAGUCUAUCGAUCAUAUUCUGCGCCGAUGAUAAAGUCAAUUAAGCACCGGAUUGGGCCAAUAUAUUUUGGGAUGGCGUUUUCGUAAAUAUUUGAGCAAUUUUUUUUGAAAGGCCAUUUUCCUUGGAUUUUGAAGGAUAAUGAUGGUGGAUUCGACCUGAGGCUAUUCUUCAACGACGAUUAAGUCCAUCCAGGGCCAAUUUGGGCGGAUUUCUUCCGGGUCCAUUUUUGGCAGACUCCAAAGGGGUACUCAUAACAGAUUUCGGGCGAUUUUUCGGAAAUGCAAUUUUCUAUCGAUUUUGGAGGCUACAGAUCAUGGAUUUGGCUCGAGACUAUUCUCCACCGAUAAUAAAGUCUAUUGAUCAUAUUCUACUCCGACGAUUAAGUCAAUUAAGUACCGAAUUGGGCCAAUAUAUUUUGGGAUGGCAAUUUCGUAAUUAUUUGAGCAAUUUUUUUUGAAAGGCCAUUUUCCUUGGAUUUUGAAGGAUAAAGGUGGUGGAUUCGGCCACAGCCUAUUCUUCAACGACAAUUAAGUCCAUCCAGGGCCAAUUUGGGCAGAUUUCUUCCGGAUCCAUUUUUGGCAGACUCCAAAGGGGUACCAUCACAGAUUUCAGGCGAUUUUUCCGAAAUGCCAUUUUCUUUCGAUUUUGGAGGCUACAGAUCACGGAUUUGGCUCGAGGCUAUUCUCCACCGAUAAUAAAGUCUAUUGAUCGUAUUUUGCACCGAUGAUUAAGUCAAUUAAGCACCGAAUUGGGCCAAUAUAUUUUGAGAUGGCAUUUUCGUAAUUAUUUGAGCAAUUUUUUUUGAAAGGCCAUUUUCCUUGGAUUUUGAAGGAUAAAGAUGGUGGAUUCGGCCUGAGGCUAUUCUUCAACGAUGAUUAAGUCCAUCCAGGGCCAAUUUGGGCGGAUUUCUUCCGGGUCCAUUUUUGGCAGACUCCAAAGGGGUACCAUCACAGAUUUCAGGCGAUUUUUCCGAAAUGCCAUUUUCUUUCGAUUUUGGAGGCUACAGAUCACAGAUUCGGCUCGAGGCUAUUCUCCACCGAUAAUAAAGUCUAUUGAUCCGAUUCUGCGCCGAUGAUUAAGUCAAUUAAGCACCGAAUAGGGCCAAUAUAUUUUGGGAUGUCAUUUUCGUAAUUAUUUGAGCAAUUUUUUUUUGAAAUGCCAUUUUCCUUGGAUUUUGAAUGAUAAAGAUGGUACAUUCGGCCUGAGGCUAUUCUUCAACGACGAUUAAGUCCAUCCAGGGCCAAUUUGGGCGGAUUUCUUCCGGGUCCAUUUUUGGCAGACUCCAAAGGGUUACCAUCUCAGAUUUCGGGCGAUUUUUCGGAAAUGCUAUUUUCUUUCGAUUUUGGAGGCUACAGAUCAUGGAUUUGGCUCGAGACUAUUCUCCACCAAUAAUAAAGUCUAUUGAUCCUAUUCUACUCCGAUGAUUAAGUAAAUUAAGCACCGAAUUGGGCCAAUAUAUUUUGGGAUGGCAAUUUCGUAAUUAUUUGAGCAAAUUUUUUUUUGAAAGGCCAUUUUCCUUGGAUUUUGAAGGAUAAUGAUGGUGGAUUCGGCCAGAGGCUAUUCUUCAACGACGAUUAAGUCCAUCCAGGGCCAAUUUGGGCGGAUUUCUUCCGGGUCCAUUUUUGGCAGACUCCAAAGGGGUACCAUCAAAGAUUUCAGGCGAUUUUUCCGAAAUGCCAUUUUCUUUCUAUUUUGGAGGCUACAGAUCACGGAUUCGACACGAGGCUAUUCUCCACCGAUAAUAAAGUCUAUUGAUCCUAUUCCGCGCCGAUGAUUAAGUCAAUUAAGCACCGAAUUGGGUCAAUAUAUUUUGAGAUGGCAUUUUCGUAAUUAUUUGAGCAAUUUUUUUUGAAAGGCCAUUUUCCUUGGAUUUUGAAGGAUAAAGAUGGUGGAUUCGGCCUGAGGCUAUUCUUCAACGAUGAUUAAGUCCAUCCAGGGCCAAUUUGGGCGGAUUUCUUCCGGGUCCAUUUUUGGCAGACUCCAAAGGGGUACCAUCACAGAUUUCAGGCGAUUUUUCCGAAAUGCCAUUUUCUUUCGAUUUUGGAGGCUACAGAUCACAGAUUCGGCUCGAGGCUAUUCUCCACCGAUAAUAAAGUCUAUUGAUCCGAUUCUGCGCCGAUGAUUAAGUCAAUUAAGCACCGAAUAGGGCCAAUAUAUUUUGGGAUGUCAUUUUCGUAAUUAUUUGAGCAAUUUUUUUUUGAAAUGCCAUUUUCCUUGGAUUUUGAAUGAUAAAGAUGGUACAUUCGGCCUGAGGCUAUUCUUCAACGACGAUUAAGUCCAUCCAGGGCCAAUUUGGGCGGAUUUCUUCCGGGUCCAUUUUUGGCAGACUCCAAAGGGUUACCAUCUCAGAUUUCGGGCGAUUUUUCGGAAAUGCUAUUUUCUUUCGAUUUUGGAGGCUACAGAUCAUGGAUUUGGCUCGAGACUAUUCUCCACCAAUAAUAAAGUCUAUUGAUCCUAUUCUACUCCGAUGAUUAAGUAAAUUAAGCACCGAAUUGGGCCAAUAUAUUUUGGGAUGGCAAUUUCGUAAUUAUUUGAGCAAAUUUUUUUUUGAAAGGCCAUUUUCCUUGGAUUUUGAAGGAUAAUGAUGGUGGAUUCGGCCAGAGGCUAUUCUUCAACGACGAUUAAGUCCAUCCAGGGCCAAUUUGGGCGGAUUUCUUCCGGGUCCAUUUUUGGCAGACUCCAAAGGGGUACCAUCAAAGAUUUCAGGCGAUUUUUCCGAAAUGCCAUUUUCUUUCUAUUUUGGAGGCUACAGAUCACGGAUUCGACACGAGGCUAUUCUCCACCGAUAAUAAAGUCUAUUGAUCCUAUUCCGCGCCGAUGAUUAAGUCAAUUAAGCACCGAAUUAGGUCAAUAUAUUUUUGGAUGGCAUUUUCGUAAUUAUUUGAGCAAUUUUUUUUUGAAAGGCCAUUUUCCUUGGAUUUUGAAGGAUAAAGAUGGUGGAUUCGGCCUGAGGCUAUUCUUCAACGACGAUUAAGUCCAUCCAGGGCCAAUUUGGGCGGAUUUCUUCCGGGUCCAUUUUUGGCAGACUCCAAAGGGGUACCAUCAUAGAUUUCAGGCAAUUUUUCCGAAAUGCCAUUUUCUUUCUAUUUUGGAGGCUACAGACCACGGAUUCGGCUCGAGGCUAUUCUCCACCGAUAAUCAAGUCUAUUGAUCCUAUUCUGCGCCGAUGAUUAAGUCAAUUAAGCACCGAAUUGGGCCAAUAUAUUUUGGGAUCGCAUUUUCGUAAUUAUUUGAGCAAUUUUUUUUUUGAAAUGCCAUUUUCCUUUGAUUUUGAAGGAUAAAGAUGGUGGAUUCGGCCUGAGGCUAUUCUUCAACGACGAUUAAGUCCAUCCAGGGCCAAUUUGGGCGGAUUUCUUCCGGGUCCAUUUUUGGCAGACUCCAAAGGGGUAACAUCACAGAUUUCGGGCGAUUUUUCCGAAAUGCCAUUUUCUUUCGAUUUUGGAGGCUACAGAUCACGGAUUUGGCUCGAGGCUAUUCUCCACCAAUAGUAAAGUCUAUUGAUCCUAUUCUGCGCCGAUGAUUAAGUCAAUUAAGCACCGAAUUAGGUCAAUAUAUUUUGGGAUGGCAUUUUCGUAAUUAUUUGAGCAAUUUUUUUUUGAAAGGCCAUUUUCCUUGAAUUUUGAAGGAUAAAGAUGGUGGAUUCGGCCUGAGGCUAUUCUUCGACGACGAUUAAGUCCAUCCAGGGCCAAUUUGGGCGGAUUUCUUCCGGGUCCAUUUUUGGCAGACUCCAAAGGGGUACCAUCAUAGAUUUCAUGCGAUUUUUCCGAAAUGCCCUUUUCUUUCUAUUUUGGAGGCGCUACAGAUCACGGAUUCGGCUCGAGGCUAUUGUCCACCGAUAAUCAAGUCUAUUGAUCCUAUUCUGCGCCGAUGAUUAAGUAAAUUAAGCACCGAAUUGGGCCAAUAUAUUUUGGGAUCGCAUUUUCGUAAUUAUUUGAGCAAUUUUUUUUUGAAAUGCCAUUUUCCUUUGAUUUUGAAGGAUAAAGAUGGUGGAUUCGGCCUGAGGCUAUUCUUCAACGACGAUUAAGUCCGUCUAGGGCCAAUUUGGGCGGAUUUCUUCCGGGUCCAUUUUUGGCAGACUCCAAAGGGGUACCAUCACAGAUUUCGGGCGAUAUUUCCGAAAUUCCAUUUUCUUUCGAUUUUGGAGGCUACAGAUCACGGAUUCGGCUCGAGGCUAUUCUCCACCAAUAAUAAAGUCUAUUGAUCCUAUUCUGCGCCGAUGAUUAAGUCAAUUAAGCACCGAAUUGGGCCAAUAUAUUUUGGGAUGGCAUUUUCGUAAUUAUUUGAGCAACUUUUUUUUGAAAGGCCAUUUUCCUUGGAUUUUGAAGGAUAAAGAUGGUGGAUUCGGCCUGAGGCUAUUCUUCAACGACGAUUAAGUCCAUCCAGGGCCAAUUUUGACGGAUUUCUUCCGGUCCAUUUUUGGCAGACUCCAAAGGGGUACCAUUACCGAUUUCGGAAGAUUUUUCCGAAAUGCCAUUUUCUUUCGAUUUUGGAGGCUACAGAUCACGGAUUUGGCUCGAGGCUAUUCUCCACCAAUAGUAAAGUCUAUUGAUCCUAUUCUGCGCCGAUGAUUAAGUCAAUUAAGCACCGAAUUAGGUCAAUAUAUUUUGGGAUGGCAUUUUCGUAAUUAUUUGAGCAAUUUUUUUUUGAAAGGCCAUUUUCCUUGAAUUUUGAAGGAUAAAGAUGGUGGAUUCGGCCUGAGGCUAUUCUUCGACGACGAUUAAGUCCAUCCAGGGCCAAUUUGGGCGGAUUUCUUCCGGGUCCAUUUUUGGCAGACUCCAAAGGGGUACCAUCAUAGAUUUCAUGCGAUUUUUCCGAAAUGCCCUUUUCUUUCUAUUUUGGAGGCGCUACAGAUCACGGAUUCGGCUCGAGGCUAUUGUCCACCGAUAAUCAAGUCUAUUGAUCCUAUUCUGCGCCGAUGAUUAAGUCAAUUAAGCACCGAAUUGGGCCAAUAUAUUUUGGGAUCGCAUUUUCGUAAUUAUUUGAGCAAUUUUUUUUUGAAAUGCCAUUUUCCUUUGAUUUUGAAGGAUAAAGAUGGUGGAUUCGGCCUGAGGCUAUUCUUCAACGACGAUUAAGUCCAUCUAGGGCCAAUUUGGGCGGAUUUCUUCCGGGUCCAUUUUUGGCAGACUCCAAAGGGGUACCAUCACAGAUUUCGGGCGAUAUUUCCGAAAUUCCAUUUUCUUUCGAUUUUGGAGGCUACAGAUCACGGAUUCGGCUCGAGGCUAUUCUCCACCAAUAAUAAAGUCUAUUGAUCCUAUUCUGCGCCGAUGAUUAAGUCAAUUAAGCACCGAAUUGGGCCAAUAUAUUUUGGGAUGGCAUUUUCGUAAUUAUUUGAGCAACUUUUUUUUGAAAGGCCAUUUUCCUUGGAUUUUGAAGGAUAAAGAUGGUGGAUUCGGCCUGAGGCUAUUCUUCAACGACGAUUAAGUCCAUCCAGGGCCAAUUUUGACGGAUUUCUUCCGGUCCAUUUUUGGCAGACUCCAAAGGGGUACCAUUACCGAUUUCGGAAGAUUUUUCCGAAAUGCCAUUUUCUUUUUUUUUUUGGAGGCUACAGAUCACUGAUUCGGUUCGAGGCUAUUCUCCACCGAUAAUAAAGUCUAUUGAUCAUAUUCUACGCCGAUGAUAAAGUCAAUUAAGCACCGAAUUGGGCCAAUAUAUUUUGGGAUGGCAUUUUCGAAAAUAUUUGAUCAAUUUUUUUUGAAAGGCCAUUUUCCUUGGAUUUUGAAGGAUAAAGAUGGUGGAUUUGGCCUGAGGCUAUUCUUCAACGACGGUUAAGUCCAUCCAGGGCCAAUUUGGGCGGAUUUCUUCUGGGUCCAUUUUUGGCAGACUCCAAAGGGGUACCAUCACAGAUUUCGGGCCAUUUUUCCGAAAUGCCAUUUUCUUUCGAUUUUUGAGGCUAUGGAUCACUGAUGCGGCUCGAGGCUAUUCUCCACCAAUAACAAAGUCUAAUGAUCCUAUUCUGCGCCGAUGACUAAGUCAAUUAAGCACUGAAUUGGGCCAAUAUAUUUUGGGAUGGCAU